UAUGGAAUUAUUAUUUUCUGUUUUUCAGAAUCCAGCUGAGAACAUGCUGCCACAAACAGCCCUUUUGCUGCUAAUGUCCUUGAACUUGGCUCGUGGAGUAUUUUAUGCUGAGCGAUACCAAACACCUACUGGUAUAAAAGGCCCACUGCCCAACACGAAGACACAAUUUUUCAUUCCCUAUGCCAUAAAGAGCAGAGGUAUACCAGUAAGAGGAGAGCAAGGUAUUCCUGGCCCACCAGGCCCAUCUGGACCUCGAGGGCACCCUGGUCCAUCUGGACCACCAGGGAAACCAGGCUAUGGGAGUCCUGGACCCCAAGGAGAGCCAGGCUUGCCAGGACCACCAGGACCAACAACUAGUGGGAAACCAGGUCUUCCAGGGCGCCAGGGAAAGCCAGGAGAGAGAGGACCACAUGGACCAAAAGGAGAUAUUGGACCAGCUGGUUUACCGGGACCACAGGGCCCACCAGGGCCACCUGGAAUCCCUGGUCCAGCUGGAAUUUCUGUUCCAGGAAAACCUGGACAACAGGGACCUAUAGGAGCCCCAGGACCCAGGGGCUUUCCUGGAGAAAAGGGUACACCAGGGGUCCCUGGUAUGAGUGGCCAGAAAGGGGAAACAGGCUACGGUGCACCUGGCCGCCCAGGUGAGAGGGGCCUUCCUGGCCCUCAUGGUCCCAUGGGACAAUCUGGCUCUCCGGGAGUGGGAAAAAAAGGUGAAAACGGGCUUCCGGGACAGCCAGGAAUCAAAGGUGAUCAGGGUUUCCCAGGAGAAAGGGGACCAAGGGGCCCACCAGGUCCCCAAGGUCCUCCAGGGGAGCAAGGACCAGAAGGUACUGGAAAGCCAGGAGCUCCUGGGGCCCCAGGCCAGCUGGGAGUUCCGGGGACGAAAGGCUUCCCUGGGUCUCCAGGAAUGGCUGGGCCCCCAGGGGCUCCUGGCAUUGGGAAACCAGGAUUGCCAGGCCUAAAGGGACAAAGAGGUCCUGUCGGACUUCCAGGGAUUCCAGGUGCCAAGGGGGAACAGGGCCCAGCAGGCCAUCCUGGGAAGCCAGGUCUUACUGGGCCCACUGGAAAUAUGGGGCCCCAAGGACUGAAAGGCAUCCCUGGGAGCCAUGGGAUUCCAGGCCCCAAAGGCGAGAUGGGGCUGGCUGGGCCUGCAGGGCAACCUGGGGUGAAGGGAGAAAGUGGCUCCUCUGGGCUACCAGGGAAGCCAGGACUCCCAGGAGAACCAGGUAUCAAUGGACCCAAGGGUAGCCCAGGGUUACCAGGGCCAAAAGGUGAUCCUGGACUUAGAGGACCUCCUGGUCUUCCAGGCCCUGUGGGCCCAGCGGGAGCUAAGGGAGUACCCGGAUACAGUGGUGAGGCUGGGCCAAGAGGAGCCCCUGGAAUACCAGGCACCAGAGGUCCUAUUGGGCCACCGGGCAUUCCAGGAUUCCCUGGAACUAAAGGCCACCCAGGAACUCCCGGUCCUCCUGGCCCAGCUGGCAUAGCAACUAAGGGCCUCAAUGGACCCACAGGGCCACCAGGGCCUCCAGGUCCCAGAGGCCACACUGGGGAGCCUGGCCUCCCAGGGCCCCCAGGCCCCCCUGGUCCCCCAGGCCAAGCAGUCCAGUCUGAGGGCUUUAUAAAGGCCAGCCAAAGGCCUCUUGUCAGUGCCAACCUGGGAGUAACAGGAAUGCCUGUGUCUGCUUUCACUGCUAUUCUCUCCAAAGCUUACCCAGCUAUAGGUACCCCCAUCCCAUUUGAUAAGAUUUUGUAUAACACACAACAGCAUUAUGACUCAAGAACCGGACUCUUUACCUGCAGGAUACCUGGAAUAUACUAUUUUUCCUACCAUGUGCAUGUGAAAGGGACCCACGCUUGGGUGGGCUUGUAUAAGAAUGGCACUCCCAUAAUGUACACUUAUGAUGAAUACGCCAAAGGCUACCUGGAUCAGGCCUCAGGGAGUGCCAUAAUCAAUCUCACAGAGAACGACCAGGUGUGGCUCCAGCUGCCCAAUGCCGAGUCAAACGGGCUGUACUCCUCUGAGUAUGUCCACUCAUCUUUCUCAGGAUUCUUAGUGGCUCCAAUGUGAGCAUAUUCCCACCAUAACAUAAAGCUGCUUGAAAAAGCAUUCCCCUACUCUGCCCCAACCCACAAAAUGUAUCUGCUGAGGUAGGCUGAAAAAAAACAUGACAGAUCUUAAUUUUCCAAAAUACAGAUUUGAGCUUUCAGACCUACAAUUUCCCCCCAGAAAAAGUGAGCAGCAAUAGUAGACAACAUCUGAAGAUCCCCUCAAAUUUCUAGCCAGCAAUCCUAAGACUCUUUAAAGUCUUCUCAGAACUCAUUUGAAAAUUUCACCGUAGAAGUACUGCUAAGUUAAAAGAACAAAAUGGCAAAAAAACUUGAAAUGUGACACUAAAUUAUGAUAAUUUUGAUUUCGGAAACUCUGCAUUUCCUUUUAAAUAAGUCUGUUUCCAACAAUUAACAAGAGAACUUCUAGGAAACACUCAGGAGGUGUCAUGUAUCUUUAUUGAACUAAAUACUUGAAUAUUCAAAUGUAAAAGACACUUUGUACCCCAAAUCUUUCUUUCUAGAGUUGGCAUUACUCGACGGUUUAUAUGGUCCCCUUCAUCAAGAUCUAUUCAAAUACAUAGGUGCAUAUAUACUUCUUUACAGCUCUCAUAAAAUAACAAAAUAUUAUAUUAAAAUUAAUCUAAAAUGCAAGGUGCUUUAGUCAUGAACGUUUUCAAACUUUUCUGUGAUGGCAGAAAAGGUUUCUAUAUGUCUUUCACAACUUGGAAAUGGGUGUCUGACCUAUUUUAUAUAUCUAAUGCAAGUGUGAUUUAUUUACUUCCUUUAUUGAAUCUGAUGUAAUAUGAUUUUUUGGUUUAUAGAACAUUAACAUGUAUACCUUGGGCCCCAUUCUGGUGAAAUUAUAACUAAUAUCAAGGGUUUAAAAAUCUGACUAGAAAUGGAAAUACAUUAUUUAUUUAUGCUCUCUGUACUGUAUUUUUGUGUUGCUAUUUAAAACUUUAAGCUGUGCCUCAUUUAUUAAAGCAUGAAAAGUUUUACCUACUCCUUAUUUACAAGACAAUAAAAUAAUAUCACUAAGUUUUUAUACUGCGUUUCCUUGACAGCAGCAAUUUGCUAUUUUCAACCAUUUUUUUAAGGCUUUUCAUUUUACAAAGUUAAUAAAAAGUAAAACAAUAAAGUGGUGGGUGGCUUUUACAGCUGUCAUGGACAUGCCCCUCUACUGGAGAUGGGCAUCCCCACACCCAAGCCUCAGUGUGGACUGUGAGAUGGCAUCUGCAGAACCACAUGUAGUCCCCAAAUCAGGCAGAAGGGCUGAUGACUGGGCACAGAAAAAUGAGACAAUCACCCCAAAGCAGAGAUUUUCUUCUGGAAAGGAAAGAAGCAGGUGGCAGAGAAUAUAUAGUUUGAACACAUAUUCUGCCAUUACUAUUUACUGACUUGACAUGUUUUUAGUCAUAAUAUUUAGGAUUAUCUUGAUGGCUUACACUACAUUAAAAGGAAGACGAGCCAUUUUUAUGUCAGUCAAAAGGCAACAUUUUUCUAAGUUGAAAACCAGUGCUCUUGAGAGUCUAUCCGUCCAGUGGUUGAAUAGGGAGUCUGGUUCAAGUCACCAGGGUAGCAUACCAUCAAGGCAUCUCUUUAUUUCUUGGAAGCAAUCUCUGUAUAACCAAAGCAAACCUGGUAGAUGGAACCACAGAACCCUAGACCCAGGUUGGCGAUACCUCUGUCCCCAUUCUGGGUUAACUGGUUCUGUUUUUAAGCAAUAAGAAUAGAAUUUUUGCUUUCCCUUUCUAUAGCUACUACACUAAUGGUUACAGGUGUCACCAACCCUCAUUCCCAAGGCAGAAAAGAAGCAAAGCUGGAACUUUAAUUCUGGGGAACCCAUGAAUGAACCUAUUGGCAGGCAUGUAAAAAACAACACAGCUCAGAAAACUGCAAUUGUGGCCAUGAAACAGACAUGAAUAAAGGAACCUCUUAAAAAAUGCAAGCAGUACCAACUUUGUAGAAAAGUUUAAGAUCAAAUUAAAUCCUAACUAAGGAACGUAGCAAAAUAGGUUAAGUUCUAAGUAAUUCUCUAGGCACACAGGAUUUAACAAUCAUCUAUUAAAAAGUCUUACA